UUUGACGGUUGCAAUUGUGGUGUGACCUUCUGACUAAAGUUAACGGCGGUAAUUGCGAAUCUUCCUACGAUGGAUUCAAACGAAGAAUUCGUUGUUGUUAACGAAGAAAAUGACAACCAGCGGGAUUCUAUCGCUCGAUUGGAUGUCUUGGUCGAUUUGUUCAAAAAAACCAUUGAAACUCUCAAUCAAUCCAGCAUUCUCUUAAAAGAUGAAUUGCAAACUGCUCUCAGUGUUACACUUCAAAAUGUCACUCCGGACCAUACAUCCACUGUUGAAGACUUAGUAAAACAGCUUGAUAGCAUAUUGUUGAGCCCAGAUGACGUCCGAAAGACCUAUGUCAAACAGCUGUGCUCAAGGUUGGUGGCUGUAAAUGAAGAAAAACAGUUUGUCAUGACUGAGUUAGUGGAACUAAAUGACCAGCUACGGACAAUGGAAGCUGAAACUCGUAAAUGGAAAAAACUCAUUGAACCCAUAUCUAUGAUUGCUGCUGGUAUUAAGGAACUUGAAUCAGUAUUUUCUUCUAAAUCAGAGGUCGAUUCCGCAGAUGUGGAACCUAGUUUAAGCGAUGAUUCUACAGUGGAUGAUGUGUGCAGUUUCCUUACUACAAUGUACGGGAAAAUUCAAAAUAUUCGUAACAAGGAAUCAGUCCCAAAGAAAAUGAUCAGUAAAAGCACUUCGGAAACAUGCAGUCCUGUCUGUCUGGUGGACAGUGUUCAGGUUUCCAGUGGCAAACAGUGCACAAACGGUGUUAGUUCCAAUAGUAUUCAGACAGAUUGCUCAAUCGUGAAGUGUGAUGCAUGGAUGCAAGCCGAGAUGUCUUCACCACCUGUGGUUUCCAUUAAUGCUACAAGCCAGCUAGAACCUCCAGCCUACGCUAGUGUCUCAAAGGCGACAGUCGAUCAGACAUCCCCACUGGAAAAUAUUGAUUUAAAGGAACUUGUUCGUCAAGAAGUUCUUCGUAUUUUAAAUGAAAGAAAUACGACCUCUUUCGCUCCUGAAACGACAACUUCGGAAACUGAGGAGAAAAUUAAUUCACUUCUAGCUCCAGUGGCUAAGACACCAUCUGCUCAACCUUUAAGUUCACCUACGAAUGAAAUUCCAUCUUCAACAAGCUCUUUAAAUCUGUGGCCACAUCUUCAUCUUGGUGGUGUGACAAGUGUGCAUGUAGCACCUUCAUUUACAAGUGAAGCAGCUUCGGCAGUAUCAAUUCAGAAUCAAACAAAUGUGAAUUCAUCUCUUACUAGCAGUACUUCAGAGUCAUAUAGCACUGCUGGCAUAUCAUCUGAAUCUAAAACAUCAAUAUCCUCAUUUUUACCCGUUGUUGGUGGUUUUGUUCGCCGUCAGAUACAACAACUAACUAAUCCUGAAAAUAAAACUUCGGAUUAUGGAUCUUGGUUAAGUGAACUGGGUCUCAAUCCUUGUGAAAGUAAUUUCAAUGAACCAGUGGAACGUCCAUCUGCUCCUAGCUUCUCUGUUGAUGAAGAGCAACCUUGGUGUCCUGGGUGCCGUCAAAUGUUUGCAUCACGAAGUGAACUUGAGGAUCACUUCCUUUCUUGCUUAAUAUGAAUUGACUGGAUUUCUCACUUCGAAUUUCGUAAUUUUCAAAACGUAACAAACAUUUGGUCUUGGAUUUGUUUGGCCACAUAGUCAUCACAAUACUUUCUCUAUCAUUCCAUGCAAUAGUACUAACAAUGACGUAACCAAAGGCCUGUGAGCCACAUUUAUCAUUCAAAAGAUGAAUCACAUUAUAAUUUGACGCCCAUGUUUGAGGCUUUGUCCUCGCUUAUUCAUGACUUUUGUCACAUACACAUAGAUUAACUAUCAUGACUUUUCACCAUCAGUUUAUUGUUCAUUUACUUCAUUAACCUUUUAUCCAUCACCAUUUUAAGAUUAAUUAAUUUAUUCAUCAACUGUUUUUUUUCUGUCUCUCUUUAUCGUCAUGUAUCUGCGACGUCAGUUAAGUGUGAGUAGUUAGUUCUUCGUGAUUUGGAGGCAAUAACUCGUUUAUCUUCGUAGCAUAGCAUCUCAUUUGUGUUCACUGCCUGUAACAAAGUCCCAAUUGUUUAUAUUCAGCUUAAGGAUACUUCUGUGAAGUUAUGAAUUUCAGCGACAGUUCCCACUGACUAUUCAGAAUUGAUCAACUGUUUCACACUGGAAUCGUACAUUUGUAGUAAUUAAUUAUGAGCAAAAAAGGUUUUCCUCUCAUUGCAACAAACCAGUUGACUGCUUACUUGACUUGAUAAACGUGUCAGUGUAUUAUCGGAAAUAAUAAUAAUAAUCAUUUACUUUAUUCCAAAAACAGUACUUGUGAUACAGAAUGGGAUUUUCAGCAUUAAUCACAAUAUUGCAUCUAAUUUCCUCAAAUUAUAAAUAAAAUUAAUCACACAGAAAAUUUUCCACACUUACAAUAGGGGUAAUGUCAAAAAGCAUGCAGCAUAUAAAAUGGAAAUAAUAAUAAUGAUAACAGCUAAGGUAAUAAUAAUAAUAAUACGAGUGAAAAUUGCCUUGGGUUUGUUUCACACAGUAUUGUCGAUGCGGUAUAGAAAUCCCAGCAUGUUUAAAAAUAUUGAAUAUAAUGUUCUCUUUACAUGAUAUGGUGAGGGGAAAAACAAAGGUUACAGCAGUCAUAGAGAUAAGUUGCUGUUUGCAAUUAUGAAAGUAAAACAAAGAAGCAACAGGA